ACUCAUGGCAUCAUCAUUAUGGUCAUCAUGGACACUUCCCAUGGCAUCAUGGACCUUUCCAUCAUCAUUCACAUCAUUCACAUCAUGGCGGUCAUCAUUCACUGGACCACCAUGGAGGAUGGAAAUGGGACUGAAACAUAUUGUAAAAUCGAGGCCAUAUUGUUAA